UUUUGCUUGCCUAACAGACGCCUGACAAUGAAUACUCUAGGUGCGAAUUUCCGAUUGUUGUGUAGUAUUGGGAAUAGUUAUACCAAGAGGCUUCUUCUGGCGGCUCGCAAACCCCCCAGUAGUGCAGCUUCCUCUUCUGGCUUGUGCUUCCAGUUAUCAGAUGAGCAACGAGAGUUUCAGGACGCUGUCAAAAAGUUUACAGCAGAGGAAAUAAUACCGGAAGCAUCAAAUCUAGACCGAACGGGCGAUUAUCCCUGGAAAAUACUGAAAAAAGCUCAUGAACUAGGAUUUAUGAAUUUGCAUAUCCCAGUUGAAUACGGCGGAUUAGGAUUGUCCACACUUGUCAUCUGUAUAGUAACAGAGCAAAUGGGGUACGGUUGUACCGGAGUUCAAACGGCGUUCGAAGCAAAUAACUUGGGACAAGUUCCGGUUGUUGUUGCAGGAAAUCACGAGCAAAAAAGUAAAUAUUUACGACGAAUGAAUGAAGAACCGCUGAUGUGUGCAUAUGCGGUCACGGAGCCCGGUGCCGGUUCCGAUGUUGCCGCGAUAAGUACAAAAGCUGAAAAGAAAGGUGACCAUUACGUCCUCAAUGGCCAGAAAAUGUGGAUUACAAACGGCGGAGUAGCCAAUUGGUACUUCGUUUUAGCAAGAACCGUUACUGACCCAAAAUUCCCAGCAUCAAAAUGCCUUUCUGGUUUCAUAGUUGACGCCGAUACGCCUGGUGUAAUUCCUGGUAAAAAAGAGGUGAAUAUGGGACAACGAUGCUCAGAUACAAGAGGAAUUACUUUUGAGGACGUACUUGUACCAAAAGAAAACCUUUUGGGAAACGAAGGAGAUGGAUUCAAAAUUGCUAUGAAAGCAUUUGACUACACUAGACCUGCAGUUGCAUCGGGAUCUGUGGGACUUGCUCAAAGGGCUUUAGAUGAGGCGACCAGAUAUUCUUUGCAACGCAGAACAAUGGGAAAAGUUAUUGCUCAGCAUCAGGCCGUCUCUUUUAUGCUUGCUGAGAUGGCAAUGCAGAUUGAGCUUGCUAGACUCGCCACCCAUAAAGCUGCCUGGCAAAUAGAUAAUGGAUUCCGAAACACGAUGGAAGCAUCAAUUGCUAAAGGGUUUGCUGGUGAUGUCGCUAAUAAAUGCGCAUCGGAUGCGGUACAGAUUUUCGGUGGUGCUGGAUUCAACACUGAAUAUCCGGUAGAAAAGUUGCUGAGAGAUGCAAAAAUAUAUCAAAUAUACGAAGGAACAGCUCAGAUUCAACGCAUCAUAAUCGCAAGAGAACAUUUAUCAAAAUAUGUUUAGAUAUCAUUCAAUAUUAUUAUAUAUUCUAAAUCAAUAUUGUAUAUGAAUACUUUAAUUAAUGGCAUAUGGCAUGACGUUCAAAUCAAUCAGUCGAACCAUAUUCAUAGAGUGCCACUUAGCGACAAUAGCUAAACGUCAAAUGUUAUGGGCUACUAUACUGUAUAGUGUAUAGUAUACCAAUGUUUCCCAAUUCCGAGGCCGCGGACUCAAAUACCUCGCCUCAAAUUGGUUGCCACAAUCCGCGGUGAUAUCAUAAAUAUUCAGUAUCAAGGCUCUGGUUAAUUAUCCAAUAAAUAGAAUCGUCGAUUACUAUGAGUCUGGUAUAAAUUAAUUCCAACAACAGUCACAUAUUUCUAAAUUACGAUGCUCCACACUACAACGUUAACAAAAAAUGUAGCCCGAACCUAGAAAUAAAAGUCUGAGACAGAAAAGCUGAAUAAGUCAUUAGGUUAAUAUAAGCAGAAGCGAUAUCAAAUAAUAAUAUUUCUUGCCUGUAAUAUAUUCCACAACAUUUAUGAUCUAGAAUCAUGGUUUGAACAAAAUAUAUAUUUGCUGAUUUCUAUCUCAGGCUCUGUCACAACUCACAACCAUGCAUUGUGUGUAACUGUAGGUGGAUAAGUUCUCCUAAAAUAUUACCACAUUUAUGAUUCCGACAGCGUAAAGGCCAUUGCUCGUUUUUUGUGAUGAAUAAUGUCACAAAAUUCAUUCUAAAAAAUAUGUUGCGAUUUGUGGAGAAUUGUGAAAUAUUAGAACAGCCAUGAAAAGGUAAACUUGAAAAUAAAAUGACAAGAAUCGAGA